GAAAAAGAGAAGUCUUCCUUUUCUAGAAAUUGGCCAUAACUUCAUUUUCAUGAACAGUUGUUCAUCAAUGACAAGUCAGCUGGUGAAAGCUUUUAAUAAUAAUUAUAAUGGUGAGUGAAAUAAAUGCAGAAAAGAUAUAUAGUGUAAGACGAGAGAUAUUGAAGAAGCAGCAACUAAACCCACAUUUUCUCUCAUCAAUGCUACAAUCACAUUUUGUGCAACCUUACAAAAAGAAAUGGGGGGAAGUUGCCUUGUGGUUUUGCUCCUUCAAGUCAUAGUUACUGAAAUUGCUGGUGCCGAUGCUGGCUUUGGCGUUGGUGUUGGAGGUGGGGGUGUUUGGUUUGGUGGAGGGAUCAACACCCCAAGCCCAGGAGGAGCUCCUUCUGGUUCUGUCCCAAGGCAAAAUGCGGCUUACACUGCUCUUCAAACAUGGAAAUCUGCAAUCACUGAUGAUCCAAUGGGGAUUUUGAAGAAUUGGGUGGGUCCAAAUGUGUGCACUUACAGAGGAAUCUUCUGCUCAAACUCUGAAGAUUACAUGGGCAACCCAACAGACCCAGUUGUUACAGGUAUAGAUCUCAAUCAUGCAAAUCUUCAAGGCACUCUUGUAAAAGAACUAUCUUUCUUAACAGAUAUUUCUCUCAUUCACCUCAAUACCAACAGAUUUUCAGGUAUAAUCCCACAAACAUUCAGAGAGAUCUCUUCACUCGUUGAGUUAGACCUUAGUAACAACCAUUUCUCUGGUGCAUUCCCUACCACAGUACUAUUCAUCCCAAAUCUCCUUUAUUUAGAUCUUAGAUUUAAUAGCUUCUCAGGGACAAUACCUGAGGAUCUCUUCAACAAAAAACUUGAUGCUAUUUUUCUCAAUAAUAACCAGUUUGAUGGUGAACUUCCUCAGAGUUUAGGGAAUUCCCCUGCUUCAGUGAUUAAUUUUGCUAAUAAUAAGUUUACUGGGAGCAUUCCUUUUAGUUUGGGGUACAUGGGUCCCAGAAUUAAGGAGAUUUUGUUCUUAAACAACCAGCUAAAUGGUUGUAUACCAGAAGGUGUGGGAUUGUGGACAAAUUUGCAAGUUCUGGAUGUGAGUUUAAAUUCACUAAUGGGGCAUUUGCCUGAUACCAUUUCUUGCUUGAGUGGCAUUGAAGUUCUCAACUUGGGACAUAACAAGUUAUCUGGGGAUUUACCAGACUUGGUUUGUUCACUAAGAAACCUUGUGAAUUUGACUCUUGCUUACAAUUUCUUCUCUGAGUUGAGCCAAGAUUGUGACAAACUUCCCUUGAGAAAUGUGGGUAUUGAUUUCUCAUUGAACUGUAUUCCAGGAAGGCAAAUGCAAAGGCCUCAACCUGAAUGCUCUGUCAUUCCAGGUGGCAGUCUCAGUUGCCUUAGAGUACCUGCAGUAAAGCCUCUUGUUUGUGGAUGAAAUCCCCAAUUACUACUACUACUAUUUCAUCACCUCCUUCUAAUUUUUUUCUUUUUAAAUUUAUGAGUGACAAUUGAGCACUUUCUCACCAAUGUUUUUGUUGUAAAGCUGCUUAUCUUGGCCUUCUCUCUUAAUUAGAGCACAGGGAAGUUAUGACUUGUACCUUUCAAAUUUAUUUCUUUUCCCUGCUUUCCUUAUUUCUUCAUGUUGUAUUAUGAUGAAUUUUGUAAAUAUUAAUUUAGGAGACUUGUGGGCUUCUCCCUAGCGAUAGCAGAUCUUUAGCAA